ACACGAGCGCAAAAGUUAACUGUCAUUCAUCUCUUUGAACAGUCGGAGCCAUUAGCGAAGAAGUAAGAGAGAAAGUCGGAAGGUUGUGGUUGUUUAUCGCGUUAUUUGCGGACGAAAAUUAACAAAUUAAGCACAGCCAUUGAGAAAUGAGUAAUGUAAACAACGCUAACGACGAUAGAAAACGUUCUAGUCCACCAGAACCUAGCGAAACGGCUGGAAUGACAGCAGCUGAACAAGAGAAACAAUCGGUCGGAUCCAGCGGAGACGAGCAAACUCGAAGAUCCAGCAGAAGAAAGAGACCGAAAGUAGAGUAUAAAGAAUCUGAAGGAAAGGUUGCAGCUGUAUCUGAAGAGGAGUAUGUCUCAGAUGAGGAGAAAGCUAAACAAGAAAUAAAACCACCACCUGUACCACCUCCAAAAGCAGAAGAAAUGGUGAUAGAGGAAGUGGAUAGCGAGCAUGAUGAUCCCACAGGAUUGGAAGGUGCAGCAUUUCAGAGUCGUCUACCUUUUGACAAAAUGACGGCCCAAGAAGCAGCUUGUUUUCCUGAUAUAAGUCAAGGUCCUCCUCAGACACAGAAAGUAUUUUUACAUAUUCGAAAUAGACUAUUACAAUUGUGGCUUGAAAAUCCAAAGCAACAACUUAUAUUCGAAAAUGUUUUACCGCAGAUUGAACCACCUUAUAACAGUGAUGGCCCAUUAGUUAUGAGAAUUCAUGCUUAUUUAGAAAGACACGGUUAUAUUAAUUUUGGAGUGUUUAAAAGAUUAAAACCAAUUCCAACUAAAAAACAUGGAAAAGUUAUCAUCAUUGGUGCAGGAAUAUCUGGAUUAGCAGCUGCUCAGCAACUGCAACAGUUUGGAAUGGAAGUUGUUGUUUUAGAAGCAAGAGAUCGAGUUGGAGGACGAGUUGCUACCUUCAGGAAAGGAAAUUUCAUUGCCGAUUUGGGAGCGAUGGUUGUUACUGGAUUGGGUGGCAAUCCUAUAACUGUGCUAAGUAAGCAAAUUAACAUGGAACUUCAUAAAAUUCGUCAGAAAUGUCCACUUUAUGAAUCUAACGGCAAUACUAAUUCCUCAUUUAUAUCAUAUACAAAAGAGUCGUGUCGACACAAGCAAAAAUGCGAAAUUCACGGAAAAAAAUGUACUCGUAUCCAAAUAGCUCCUGAUGUUCCCUAUGUUCCAAAAGAUAAGGAUGAAAUGGUGGAACGUGAAUUUAAUAGAUUAUUGGAAGCAACCUCUUAUCUUUCUCACCAAUUGGAUUUCAAUUAUGUACAAGGAAAACCUGUGUCUUUGGGUCAAGCUCUAGAAUGGGUCAUAAAAUUACAAGAAAAGCAUGUGAAAGAAAAACAAAUUCAACAUUGGAAAGCAAUUUUAGAAUUACAAGAGAAAUUAAAAACAAAUCAAAAUAAGGAAUGGGAUCAAUACUUAGAACAACAGAAAGAGAUAGAAGAAAAAUUACAAGAAUUGGAAGCCUCUCCUCCUAGUGAUGUGUAUCUUUCUUCUCGUGAUCGACAAGUGCUCGAUUGGCAUUUUGCCAAUCUGGAAUUUGCUAAUGCCACACCACUUAACAAUUUGUCUUUAAAACAUUGGGACCAAGAUGAUGAUUUCGAAUUUACCGGGAGUCAUCUCACAGUUAGAAAUGGCUACUCGUGUGUUCCUGUUGCCUUAGCUGAAGGACUCGAUAUUAAAUUGAACACUACUGUAAAGCAGAUAAGAUACGGAUCUCAUGGUGUAGAAGUGCUGGCUUAUAACACCCGUGCCAAUACGGGAAUGGGUAGUUACAAGGGUGAUGCCGUCAUGUCGACUCUACCUCUUGGUGUACUGAAACAGGCGGUACAGGGAAGCCAGAAUGUUCCAAACACAGUACAGUUCGUACCACCCCUACCGGAUUGGAAAGUAUCAGCCAUACAACGUUUGGGGUUCGGUAAUCUGAACAAGGUUGUUUUAUGCUUCGAUCGAGUCUUCUGGGAUCCCAAUGCCAAUUUAUUCGGUCACGUCGGUAGUACGACCGCCAGCAGAGGAGAGCUCUUUCUGUUCUGGAAUCUGUACAGGGCACCUGUACUGUUGGCACUGGUUGCCGGAGAAGCCGCCGCCAUCAUGGAAAACGUCAGCGAUGACGUCAUAGUGGGUCGAUGUUUGGCCGUACUGAAAGGCAUCUUCGGUAACAGCGCCGUACCACAGCCCAAAGAGACUGUGGUGACUCGAUGGAGAGCCGAUCCUUGGUCACGUGGAUCCUAUUCCUACGUUGCUACGGGAUCUUCCGGUAACGAUUACGACAUUCUGGCCACCCCAGUCACUCCUCCAUCUGUGAUACCAGGUACGGGCCAAACCGCUAUAUUACCUCGCCUCUUCUUCUCCGGAGAACAUACUAUCAGAAAUUACCCAGCUACCGUGCACGGUGCUCUACUGAGUGGAUUGAGAGAAGCUGGAAGAAUUGCUGACCAGUUUCUCGGAUGCCCUUAUGCCCUCCCUCGUCAACCUGCCACUACUCAACCAGUAUGACUACGUGACACGUUGCAUCAUUCCAAUGUGGCAAAUGCCGAGUAGGCUUUGACAAUACACCGAAACUUUCACUUUUUACCUUGUUUUCUUGUCCAUUUUAGAGAACUAAAUUAAUAAAUGUGCGUGUUUUUUUUAAAUUCUUU